AUGCCGCUCGCAUUACAACCAACUUGCUCUGCGGGAGCCCUACAUAGAAGUAGGACUAUCAAGUUGAGGCAGCUGGAGUGUAAACGUUUAAAGAAAUUGGUCCCAACCGUAGCUGAUACUGAGUGCAACAAUGAGGUUGUUAUAAUCAGGGAAGCGAUCAAACAUAUUAGCACCCUCGAAGAAGCUGUUCUGCGACGCCUGAUACCAAUUCCCCUCGAAUGCCACCGUCUGCUCGACCUGGAAGUCCCCCACACCCGCAGGUCAUCUACAAAUCAAUUGAUUAUGAUGAUCUUUAACCGGAAGACUGAUAAAAUUCCACAGUUGCCUGCACUGCCGCGGCCGAGUGUUAGAGAAGCCAGCACAGCUUUCGAUUCUGCUGGAACUACACCCACAUGGACAGAUGAAGAUGAGUAUCCGGGCUAACGAUUGAAGAUCCGUAUAUACCAAACAGCGAAUAGCUUUGAAUACCCAACGCCUAACGUCUUUCGAGUUCGUGGUUGUCUUUGAUUUUAAAAUGAACUCUACACUGUCCCUUGCUUGGCACGGUGCCAAUUCAUGUAUAAAACAGUACAGCGUCCUC